GAGGUUCCAUUCUUACCAAGCCCAAGCUGCAGCUUUAUCGGCAACACAGGGGCGGAGAAGAGCAUCAGCUAUGCAUUGCAGCAGCAGGAGCAGCGGCAGCAGCAGCGGGGAUUAGAGGCAUCUGCUGCUCCCAUUCGUCUGAAUGCCUCUUUUAGGACGUGCAGGAGUCCAAAUACCUUUGCGCCCGCCUCCAGUGUCGGCGCCACCGCCUCCGCCACCAGGAUGGACUGCUGAACGGAGAAGCAUCAUAGACCUGGUCAUACAGCACGGCUGGUCCGCUCCCAGCUUUAUUUAUCUAUUACUAGUUAUUUUGAAUUGAACUUUUAAUAACCUGCCAGCUGCUCUUCAGACACACAUGGUGCAUUGUUGCCAUUCCCAGAAUCACGUCUUUGAAAUCCAGGCCCUUGGUAACCUUCAUCGAACAAAGAGGCGACCUAGAGGAGACAUCUGCAGCAGGACUUUUCAAACCUGCUGCCCUCUAGCUUCUCCACUGGCUGUGCUGUUUUCCUAGCACAACAUGGAGCCCACCAUGGAGGGUUGCUUGGUCCAGGUUCUGCAGAAGGAUGUUGGGAAAAGACUUCAGGUUGGCCAAGAACUGAUAGACUAUUUCUCAGAUAAACAGAAAUCUGCCGAUCUGGAACAUGAUCAGACCAUGCUGGAUAAAAUGGUUGAUGGCCUUGCUACCUCGUGGGUAAAUUCCAGCAAUUAUAAGGUUGUCCUGCUGGGCUUGGACAUCUUAUCUGCGCUGGUGUCACGGCUCCAAGAUAGAUUUAAAGCCCAAAUUGGAACAGUACUACCGAGUUUAAUUGACAGACUGGGGGAUUCGAAAGACUCGGUCCGAGAGCAGGAUCAGGCACUGCUGCUAAAAAUCAUGGAGCAAGCUGCUAGCCCUCAGUACGUAUGGGACAGGAUUUUGGGAGGAUUCAAACACAAGAAUUUCCGGACUAGAGAAGGAAUUUGCCUCUGCCUUAUUGCAACACUCAAUGCAUCUGGAUCUCAGAGUUUAACACUGAGCAAGAUUGUGCCACAUAUAUGUAAUUUACUUGGAGAUCCAAACAGCCAGGUUCGCGAUGCAGCAAUAAAUAGCCUAGUAGAAAUCUACAGACAUGUAGGUGAACGUGUAAGAGCUGAUCUCAGCAAAAAAGGAUUGCCACAGUCUCGGUUGAACAUAAUUUUUACAAAAUUCGAUGAGGUCCAGAAAUCAGGAACCAUGAUCCAGGGAUCAGGUGAUAAAAACUUUGAUGAUGACGACUCUGUGGAUGGGAACAGGCCUUCCUCAGCCAGCUCCUCGACAUCUUCAAAGGCUCCAUCAACCUCUCGAAAAAGUGGGAUGAGUUCUGCUCGCAGAGUUGGAACAACACCUCUGGUCUCAAAGGCUCCAGCGACUAAAGAAGGAGCUGGUGCCGUUGAUGAGGAGGAUUUCAUUAAAGCUUUUGAAGAUGUCCCAACAGUUCAGAUUUAUUCUGCCCGAGACCUUGAAGAAUCCAUAAACAAAAUCAGAGAGAUCCUGUCUGAUGACAAACAUGAUUGGGAACAGAGAGUAGCUGCACUAAAAAAGAUCCGGUCUUUAUUGCUGGCUGGAGCUGCUGAGUAUGAUACCUUCUUUCAACUCCUGCGCCUGCUCGAUGGAGCGUUUAAAUUAUCUGCUAAAGACUUGCGGUCCCAGGUGGUGCGAGAGGCUUGUAUCACAUUGGGGCAUUUGUCAUCAGUCUUGGGUAACAAGUUUGACCAUGGGGCAGAAGCCAUCAUGCCAACAAUCUUUAAUCUCAUUCCCAACAGUGCCAAAGUAAUGGCCACUUCUGGUGUGGUAGCUGUUAGAUUAAUUAUCCGGCAUACACACAUCCCUCGACUAAUCCCCAUCAUCACCAGUAACUGUACCUCCAAAUCUGUCGCAGUUAGAAGGCGCUGUUUUGAAUUUUUAUAUUUACUUUUACAAGAAUGGCAAACACACUCCCUAGAAAGGCACAUAUCAGUAUUGGCUGAAACACUAAAGAAGGGAAUCCACGAUGCUGACUCUGAAGCACGGAUAAAAGCCAGAAAGUGUUACUGGGGCUUCCACAGCCAUUUUAGUCGAGAAGCAGAGCAUCUGUUCAAUUCGUUGGAAUCCUCAUACCAGAAAGCCCUGCAGUCUGACUUGAAGAACUCUGACAGCAUAGUGUCCUUGCCUCAGUCUGACCGCUCCUCUUCUAGCUCCCAGGAGAGUCUCAAUCGCCCGCUGUCUGCCAAAAGAAGUCCAACUGGAAGCACUACAUCGCGAGAAGCUACAUCAGAGCAGCAGUAUGAUUUAGUUCAGAAUAAAGAUUUGAGUGGAGCUUCUACAGUGAGUGCAAAAUCUGUGUCUGCAUCAGGGUCUCUCCAACGUUCUCGCAGUGACAUUGACGUGAAUGCAGCAGCCAGUGCCAAAUCUAAAGUCACUUCUGGAUCAGAUGCCCCCUUCAGCUCAGCAGCAGCCUUGCCCCCGGGUUCAUACGCAUCUCUAGGUCGGAUCCGCACAAGGAGGCAAAGCUCUGGAAGUACCACCAGUAUCACCUCAUCACCUGCUGACACUCGAGGCCGCAGCCGGGCUAAAGUAGUUUCACAGUCCCAGCGAUCCAGAUCAGCUAACCCUGCUGGUGCUGGCAGUCGAUCCAGUUCCCCUGGCAAGCUGUUGGGAAGCGCAUACGGUGGACUGAGCAGUGGAACAACCAGAGGACACCCAGCGCCAUCCCCUGCCGAAAAACGCAGCAAGGUCCCUCGAAGCCAGGGCUGCAGCCGAGAGACCAGUCCAAACAGGAUAGGUCUAGCACGGAGCAGCCGUAUCCCCCGACCCAGCGUGAGUCAGGGGUGCAGCCGCGAUACCAGCCGUGAGAGCAGCCGAGAUACAAGCCCUGCUCGGGGCUUCCCUCCACUUGCCUCUCGACGUCAUUCCAGGUCCACUAGCGCUCUCUCCACUGCUGAUUCUGUUGGGCAGUCAGACCGGUUUGGGCUCGGACAGCCAGGCAGGUUGCCUGCCUCUAUGAAUGCAAUGCGAGUCCUCAGCACAAGCACAGAUCUGGAGGCUGCUGUGGCGGAUGCACUGCUCUUAGGAGACUCCAGAAGCAAGAAAAAGCCAGUGAGACGAAGGUAUGAGCCAUAUGGGAUGUAUUCUGAUGAUGAUGCAAACAGUGAUGCCUCAAGUGCUUGCUCAGAGCGCUCCUACGGUUCCCGAAAUGGAGGUAUCCCACACUACCUGCGGCAGACGGAGGAUGUGGCCGAGGUCUUAAAUCACUGUGCAAGUUCCAACUGGUCUGAGAGGAAAGAGGGGCUAAUAGGUCUACAAAACUUAUUGAAGAGCCAGAGGACACUGAGCCGAGUUGAGUUGAAAAGACUGUGUGAGAUCUUCACACGCAUGUUUGCUGACCCGCACAGCAAGAGAGUUUUCAGCAUGUUUCUUGAAACCCUGGUAGACUUCAUCAUUAUUCACAAAGAUGAUUUGCAGGAUUGGCUUUUUGUCCUCCUGACACAGUUGCUCAAGAAGAUGGGAGCUGACUUGCUGGGCUCAGUACAGGCAAAAGUGCAGAAAGCUCUGGAUGUAACAAGGGAUUCUUUUCCAUUUGAUCAACAGUUUAAUAUUUUGAUGAGAUUUAUUGUAGAUCAAACCCAAACACCAAACCUUAAGGUAAAAGUGGCUAUCCUGAAGUAUAUUGAGUCCUUAGCCAGACAGAUGGACCCCACAGAUUUUGCAAACUCCAGCGAGGCAAAACUUGCUGUUUCUAGGAUCAUUACUUGGACAACAGAACCAAAGAGCUCAGAUGUGAGAAAGACCAUGCAUAGUUGGGUAGGUGAGGAUAUACCAGCUAGACCAUCAGCCUCAUCAGGUCCUGGUGAAGGAAACUUGGAAGAGAAGUGUAAACAGGCAGCACAAAUAGUCCUGAUUUCUCUGUUUGAACUGAACACUCCUGAGUUUACCAUGUUACUUGGUGCCUUGCCCAAAACAUUCCAGGACGGUGCUACCAGGCUGCUACACAACCACCUCAAGAACUCCAGUAACACUAGUGUGGGUUCUCCUAGCAAUACUGUUGGCCGAACUCCUUCACGUCACCCUAGCAGCAGAACCAGCCCCUUAACUUCACCUACCAACUGUUCGCAUGGAGGACUCUCCCCAAGUCGUUUCUGGGGCUGGAGUGCAGAUGGGCUGUCGAAGCACCCCCCUCCCCUUUUUCAGCCUAACUCCAUCCCCGUUGCUCCUCCUCACAAGACUUUCAGGCGCUCUUACUCUCCCAGCAUGUUGGAUUACGACACAGAGAACCUAAAUUCCGAUGAAAUUUACAGUUCCCUUCGUGGAGUCACAGAAGCAAUUGAAAAGUUUAGUUUCCGCAGUCAAGAAGAUCUAAAUGAACCAAUCAAGCGUGAUGGAAAGAAGGACAGUGACAUUGUUUCUCGAGACGGCUGCUUAGCCUCACCAGCCACAGAUGUGCGUGGAGGCAGCGAUGUUGUGGAAGGGGGAAGGAUGGCUCUUGAUAACAAAACUUCCCUACUCAACACCCAGCCCCCGCGUGCAUUUUCGGGACCCCGAGCCCGGGAGUAUAAUCCUUACCCACACUCGGAUACUAUCAGCGCCUAUGACAAGAGUGCCCUUAAAGAGGCGGUGUUUGAUGACGAUAUUGAUCAGCUUCGGGACGUGCCCAUUGAUCAUUCUGAUUUGGUAGCUGAUCUUUUAAAAGAGUUAUCCAACCACAAUGAGCGGGUAGAAGAACGGAAAGGAGCCCUUUUUGAGCUACUGAAGAUUACAAGAGAAGACAACCUGGGAGUUUGGGAGGAGCAUUUCAAGACCAUUUUGCUGUUAUUGCUGGAAACGCUUGGAGACAAAGAUCAUUCGAUAAGAGCCUUGGCACUGAGGGUGUUGCGAGAAAUCUUGAGGAAUCAGCCUGCAAGGUUUAAGAACUAUGCUGAACUAACUAUCAUGAAGACUCUGGAAGCACAUAAAGAUUCUCACAAAGAGGUUGUGAGAGCUGCUGAGGAAGCCGCUUCCACUCUGGCCAGCUCCAUCCACCCUGAGCAGUGCAUCAAAGUGCUGUGCCCCAUCAUUCAGACAGCUGACUAUCCAAUCAAUCUAGCCGCUAUUAAAAUGCAAACUAAAGUCAUUGAGAGGAUCUCAAAGGAGUCUUUGCAUCAGCUUCUUCAAGACAUCAUCCCUGGCCUGUUGCAGGGCUAUGACAACACAGAAAGCAGUGUUCGCAAAGCCAGUGUAUUUUGCCUCGUGGCAAUCUAUUCUGUUAUUGGUGAAGAACUGAAGCCUCACCUUGCACAGCUCACUGGGAGUAAGAUGAAGCUCCUCAACUUGUACAUAAAGAGGGCCCAGACCACCAACAGCAACAGCAGCUCAUCUUCAGAUGUUUCCACGCACAGUUAAUGGAGAUCUUUGGACAUACCUGUAGACAUAGAAGCCAUCAGCUGUGCCUCUCAGAGACCCUCCCCUCAUCAGCACGCUCCACCCGCUGAUGGAGGCCAUGCAGAUAUUUAUUGCAAUCAGUAUUUUUAGUCCUUUUAAAAGCUUUCUAUUGUAGGAUAUUAUUGUUACUGAAUGUAAAGGAAGCAAGGCCUGGUUUGCAGUCUUCUUCAUUGAAAAAAAAGUGAUAGAACACACCAUGGUUAAACACACUGCAGUUAUCCACUGAUAUUUUGGGGGUCAUACUUACAGUAGACUCAUUGAAAUCAAUGGGCUUAAGUUCAUCAUGUGAAUUGAUUUCAGUGGAUCUACCUUGAGUAUGACUUCUUGGAUUCAGACCUUGAGUUUUUUUUUUAUUAUUAGGUUGCGUUUGUAUCGAUCAAACAUUUGACUAGUUCCUCUUGUUCCUCUAAUUUCAGGAAUGUGUCCUUGUUUCAGAGAUGAGGUUAAAAUUUAGAAUGGCCUCACUUGGGUUUUUCAGGAGAAACCCCUACAUUCUUAAAAAAA